AUGCCCCACCAAACCAGAGAUCCUGCGGCCCUUCUCCUGCAAGAACGCCUGAUGCGACACCAAAGACAAUCUACAGAAUCUCUCAUUCAGAGCGACGAGAAGUGUCGGCAGAGGAUUGUGAGCGAUUGGAGGGCUAUCGAAGGAGAGAUCAGUCGGCUCGCAGGCAUUGGGCUCCUUGACAGCGCCACGAGAAGCCUUGCCUGCGCCGUAGCUCAGUAUACCAAGGUGUUAUGUAGGAACCUGGCAAUCUUUGCUUCUCCGGACCCAAAAGUUGAAGAGAUGGUAGAGAAGAUUGGGACCCUUGUUAUUAGUCAUACCUCCAAUAAGCGCCGCCACGAAGAUCACGAGCCCCGCCCCAAACGCUCCUGCCACCGCACAUCCGAGCCCCCCGCCACUUCCUUCGAAUGCGACCCCAACCCCGUCCUCACCUCCAAGCCCCCUCCCCCAAGCGGCGACCACUCCGUCGUCCGUCUCUGGUUCCUCAACAACCUCGCCUACCCCUACCCAACCGCCUCUCAAAAAGAAAAGCUCGCCGUCGCCGCCGGUAUCGCCCGUGGCAAGGUCGACUCUGACCUCACCAACUUUCGCCGCCGGGCUGGCUGGACGGAUAUCUUGAACAAGUGGGCGGAUGGUAAUAGGGAGAAGAUGAGGAAAUUGAUGGAUAGGGUGGCGAGUGGGAAAGAGAAGAGGCAGGAGGUGUUGAAGGCUGUGGAGAAGUGCCAGGAUUAUUUGACGGAGAGAGAGACGAAGAGAAUUGGGGACUGGGUCAAUGAGAUCGCCAAGGCCACCGCCUCCGAGCCCGCCUCUUCCGCCGCUUCCAAGGCGUCCACCGCGUCCACCAAGCCGCGCGUCGAAUCCAUCUCCUCUUCCACCAACGACGCCCUCCGCUCCAGCACCCCCCGCUCUUUCUCCGGAAGCAGCGCCGCCUUCUCCGACGUCUCCGACGCCUCCGUCCUCGUCCCCAUCUCCUCCGCCCCUCUCAAGCGAGGCGUACCAGACGAGUCCAUCUCCCCAUUCAAGCGCGCGCGAAACAUCUCCUCUUCCUCCUCGUCGAGCGAGGUCGACAGAAAAGGCUGGACCUCUUUCUUCCCCCGUCAGCAGAUGGUAGCCACCCCCGACUUUGAAAGUUCGGGCUUCCACAUCGGCUCAGCCGUCAACCCCGACUACUCUUCCCGGAAACGCCACACCCUGCCGCAGCAUCAGCUGUACCCCAUGCCUCCUCCGGCUUACUCUGCUGCCCCGCCACCUUCGGCUCCUUUGCCAGAGAGCUGGGCUCUACCUCAGGAGUGGGAGUUCAAUCCCGAGAUCCAAUGGGGUGAAGGUCAAUAA